AUGGAUAACGACGAGGAAACGCAAUCAGACGUCCAAGUGACACAAGUAGAUGGAGCGGUCAAAAUCAAAGUUCCGAUGAACAUGCUGAACAAGAAGUGGGAGAAGUGGAUGACUGAGAAUAACAGAGUGUACUCCAGUGAAGAGGAAGCGGAACGGCGACGGGGAUAUUGGACGAACUAUGCAAUUGCGAUGAUGCAACACAAUGUGAAACAUGACAUGUGCAUGGAGUGCUCCGAGUUGUCGUUUAACCAGUACAUGGAUCUGGGUCCGAAUGAACGAGUGUGCGCUUGCAGUGGUGUUUGUUCAAACGAUUCCCAGACCAAUUAUUGUAAAUCGGAUCAUCCUGAUGCAGAUCAAUCAUCGUGA